AUGGCGCAACGACCGGUAUUUUGGCAGAAGCGCGUUCUCGUACCCUUCUGGAUAGUGCGAAUAUGCAUCAUGAUCUUGAUCAUUGCAGCAUAUGGAUAUUCGCUGCGGACUGUAAAUGAUCUGGAGGAUGUCAUCAAACCAUCUGUUGGAUCAGUCGUUGUCUUCAUGCUCUUCAUCGUUAUAGUACUGCUUAUCGACGUUCUCGCGAUCCUCCUCUUCCUGCGUGAUGGGCUGAAACCGGGCACUUUCCUCACCAUGAAUUGUUUCCAGACUGGGUUCUGGGCCGGCGUUUUGAUCAUGGACUUUGUCGCCAUAGGCCAGGGCGCCAGCGCAGUAGGAAUUGGAUUCAGCAUCUUCGUAUUCCUUACCUUCCUGGGUCUCCUCAUCUACGCAAUUGUCGGUUACCGUCGCGCGAAAGCAGAAGCCCAACGAGGCCAGUAUGCGCCAGCGCAUAACCCAUUGCAGUCAGCGCCCGCAACGCAAUCAUCCCCGUAUAACAGCCUACCCGAGUACCAGCAAAAUACCGCAUACCAUUCGCAGACACAGCUUGAUAUGCACAACCAAUACCUUCCACCAUACCAGAGUGGUGCUGCGACGGACUACUACCAGCAGCCCGUAAAGCCCGCGCAUAUAGUAUGA